AUCUCUUUGUGUCAGAAUCAGUAUAUUAUUAGUUGUAGAUUUUAGGGUUUGUUAUGCAUGUGGUGAAACUGAACCAUUUGUAGCUGCCGCAGUUCCCUUUUCGCCGAAAAUCUCCCGUCCUCCGACGACAAUGGUUGCCGCCAAGAAGACCAAGAAGACCCAUGAGAGCAUUAACAACAGAUUGGCUCUCGUUAUGAAAAGUGGGAAAUACACUUUGGGUUACAAAACUGUUCUCAAAUCUCUCAGAAGCUCCAAAGGUAAGUUGAUUAUUAUUGCCAACAACUGCCCUCCUCUUAGGAAGUCGGAGAUCGAGUAUUAUGCCAUGUUGUGCAAAGUUGGAGUUCACCACUAUAAUGGAAACAACGUAGAUUUGGGAACUGCUUGUGGCAAAUAUUUCAGAGUGUGCUGCCUCAGCAUUAUUGACCCUGGUGACUCUGAUAUUAUUAAGAGCAUGCCUAGUGAUCACUAAGCUACAGCGGAUGACAUAUCUUCAUAGGUUUUGUUCUGAUAUAGUUUCUUCUAUUUUUUGGGUAGUUUGAAACAUUAAUGAUACUCUGAAAUUCAGAACUUUCUUUGUUGCCAUCUUGAUGUUCGACUUGUGAUGAUGAUAUUAUUGGUCUAUGUUCUGGAAA